AUGGACAAGCAGGAGAACCUACUCGCGAGCAGCAGCGGCAAGAAGCGCUCCGACGUCAAGAUGGUUUCAGCCAGCAGCCCGGACGACCACUCGGCCCCGGAGCCUCCUACCAAAAAGUUGCGGAGGAGCUAUGUCGCCUGUCACCGGUGCCACUCUCACAAGAUCAAGUGCUCCGGCGAGACUCCCUGCCGCAGCUGCAGGAAAUCCAACAAUUCGAGCCAAUGCGUCUACCCGGUCCGAGAUCGGAAGGUUGUCAUUUCUGAGAGCUACCUGAAGAAGCUCGAGGCCGAAAAUGCCGCCCUCAAACGCACCUCGCCGACCCCGCCGUCGCAGGACGAGUCGUCCAAGCAAGAUGCCGACGCCGACGACAGCGACGUCGAUGUUGCCAAUGUUGACGUAGCCAACCCUCUCCUCGAAGAGCAUGUCCAGCAGCAGCGCCCCGCUCCCUUCGACCGCGCCUCUGGCAAGCCCUUGUACAUUGGUGGCGCCGCCUGCACCGCUUUUGGCACCCGCCUGCGCUUCUACGUCAAGGGCAAUGACAUGGUGCCCCAGCCGCGCCGCAUGGUGUGCUACAAGCAUCGCGGCCUGCUGCGCAUAGCAAACACCGAGUUCCAGCUGCCGAACAAGACGUAUGCCCGCAUGUUGGUGCAGGUCGUGCUGCGAUUCAUAGGGAGCGACUACCACCUCAUCCAGAGGAAGAGCUUCCUGAGGCGCAUGGAUGAGACGUACACCGCGCAGACCCACGACGACCCUGUCUUCCUUUGCAGGUUGUUUGUGGUCUUCGCCUUGGGUGAGCUCUACUCCAAGAAGACGGCCGUGGCUGGCAAUAGGAGAACGGUACCUGGAACGGCGUUCUUCCUGCAAGCCAUGUCCCUCUUCCAGGACUUGCAUGAGGAGGCAGACGUGGACUACAUUGAAACUCUGUUGAUCAUGUCUUUCUACUCGCACGCCCUGAAUCGCAAGAACACGGCGUAUACCUACGCCGGUCUUGCUCUACGUCUCAGUCUUACGCUCGGCCUUCACCGCAACAUCACUUACGACAAGAGCAUCAGUGCUGUCGAAAUUGAAAACCGCCGGCGAGUGUGGUGGACCGUGUACACGUUUGACCGCAUGUGCAGCUCUAAGUUGGGUCACCCAGUCAUGAUCCGCGACGAGGACAUCGAUGCGCCGCUUCCAUCUACGGACGGCCUUACUCCGGCGGAACGGGAUGAAUUUCUAGACGCCGAACAAUUAAUCGCCAACGUGAAGCUAGCACGGAUCACUGGGAACAUUCUCAACCUGAUCUACAGCAUACCAGGCGCCCAGCAAGAGAUCAACUUCGUUCGCAACGUGCACAAGAUUCUGAACAGCCUCAAGGAGUGGGAUGCAACACUACCUGCCAGCUUGAGGCUCGAUCCCACAGUAUCUCCUCCUUACAAAACUCGUUCCAUCGCUUCUUUACGUCUACACUUUAAUCAGUGCAUUAUCCUUACAACCCGUCCGAUUCUUCUCUACGUUUUCAAGUACCAUGUUCGUCCUGCUGGUUCUGCUGCCUCUCCAAACACGAACCGCCCUCUCUCCCCGAUGACUACCGCCCUGAGUGAAGCAUGUAUCCAUGCAGCUCGCAGCAGCAACAAACUCCUCGCUCAGCUCUGGAUCGAUGGUGCCAUUGCAACGUUUGGGUACUUUGAUGCCCACUACAUCUUCAGCAGCACCAUUGUUCUGCUGAUGGCUAAUAUUCUCAACCCGUCUGAAUUCGACAAGGACUCUAUCGAUCUUGCAUGGAGUCUCCUACAGUCCAUGGCCGAUGACGGCAAUCUUCCUGCAAGUGAAUACUGCGAGCGCCUCGCGCUACUGCAGAAAGACUUGGACGACAUGUCUGGCAACGGAGGCGAUGCGCCACAUGAGCUCAGUGGCUUUCCCGGCGCUACACCUCACGAGCAUCGGCCGUCGUUUGAUGCUGGGCUCAAGAUGGAGCCGCAUGUGUCUCCUGAGCUCCUCCACAAAACUUCACCGGCCCCUUCUCAAACCAACCUGCAACAACACACUCCCCCAACUCUGGACGUGAACCUGGCAACCGGCGAGCGGAAUCAUGUGACAGCCUCUGUCAACCAGUUCAUCAAAAGCCUACAGGCCACAAACGGAGGGAUGACGGGAGAGAAUUCGGUACCGUGGGCCUUUGCCUGGGAAGCUGGUGAACUGCAAACAGGGUUCAAUGGACUUUGA